AUGUCUGGUUGCGGUAAGGGUGGUAAAGGUUUGGGGAAGGGGGGUGCCAAGCGCCAUCGUAAAGUGCUUUGGGAUAACAUCCAAGAUAUUACCAAGCUGGCGAUUCGUCGCUUGGCUCGACGCGGGGGAGUAAAGCGUAUUUCGGGUUUGAUCUAUGAAGAGACCCGGGGAGUGCUGAAGGUGUUCUUGGAGAAUGUGAUCCGCGAUGCUGUCACUUACACAGAACAUGCCAAGCGAAAGACUGUAACGGCUAUGGAUGUGGUUUAUGCCCUGAAGCGCCAGGGUCAUACUCUCUAUGGUUUUGGUGGCUAAACGGCUCAUUAAAGUCAACAGGAUCAGACUGCUAGGAUUCAGACCAAGGGGAACAGACUACUCUGAAGCAGGGAUGCUCUCAUGGAGGAUCAGAAGUGGACAUGGAUGCCAAAGGAUAAUAGCUAGCUAAUAGUCACACUAAUUAGGGCUGAUUAGUGUGUUUUGAUUUAACUUGUUUAAUGUUCAAAUCUUUGUCCAUUGUUUAUGGGUUAAGACCUAACUAUUUGUUCUCAUUAAACUAGAUUUUAUCAUUAAAAUCUUACAUAAUUGGCUUAGGAUGCUAGAUCAUUUGUAACAAAUUCAGGAAUUUUGCAUUAUAUCUUACCUGCCUUCACUCCAAACUGAAUAAAUGUCAGUUACUACUUAAAUGCUGCCCAAUGGUGAGGCAAUAUUGAGACGUUAUAAAAUUCUUCUAGACUUGCCUGGAGAUACUCUGAAAGGUAAGCUGAAAGUGUGGUUUCUUGGAGCUAGGCUAAUUCCCAGCCUUGGACAAUAUUAUGUGUCUUGGUCUAUCACCUCCACACACCUUCUGAUGGUUACCUUAGCUUGAUUAAUGGUGGUCUGAACAGAUUUUUUGCUUCAGGAUUUUUUUCCUUUUUAAAACCCAGGAGUACAAAAGUAAUUCAAAUAUAACCAACUCUUUGGAUUAGUCAUAAAUGUAAAACUUAACUGACUCUUGUCUCAACUGUUUCAUACAUA